CCCGGAGCCAAAUCCCCCUGGUCAUCGCAAUCAACCCAUUCCCCUCUCCCAUUGCCGCCCAAAUUCAUUGGCGCCUUUCCCUUCCGCCUUUGGCUGUUGCGCAUUUUGUGUUUUGCUCUCAACGUUCAUUUUGGCCUUCUUUUUCUGGCCAAAUGAUUUAAUUUCAUGUAUUUCGCUGUGCGGCAAUGGCGAUGCUUAUUAGUUGCAAUUUGCCAGCUCUGGCAUAAGUUUACUCUAGCCAAAGCCAACAGCAAGCACCGCAAACUAAACCAAAUAAAUAAAAUAAUUGCCUUCCCAAGAAGUUGAUAGAAUGGGCAAAAAUAAGGGUGGUGGCGGCGGCGGUGGAGGAGGAGGUGGCGGUGGUGGAGGCGGGGGCAAUAAAAAGGGCGGCGGUGGUGGCGGAGGCGGCGGCGGAGGUGGCUCCGGAAAUAAAAACAAAGGCGGCGAUGGAGGCGGCGGUGACAAAGGUGGAGCCAAGAAAGGACAAGACCAAAAGGCAGCCGCAGGCGGUGGCAAGAAGGGAGGCAAGAAAUAGCAACCGUGGCAACAUCAAAGCGCAUUAAAAAUUACAAAUUUAGAGUUAAGUUGAAAUUAAAAGUGAUAUCAGGGUGU